UGUACUUUCUGGGGAAAAUUUCUUGCACGUUUAACGUAACAUGCCAAAUCUAUUUCAAGAACCUUCCUGUCCCAUACGCUGUAUGGUCUACCAUAGUAAUCAUUGUGAGUCUACAUAUUUAAUUUGAGUAUAUAUUUUCCUCCUCAUGGGUUAACGUUACAGUUAGGAGUAAAAUGUACGUGUGGUGGAAUGGAGUUAUCUUCCGGUUACAGGUUCAGAGGACAAAUGUUGACCACGCCGCCAAACGAUGUGACCUGGGUGACGACGUGGAGGAAAUAGAAUCUGUAUCAACAUACAUGGACGCUGCAUCAUUGUAUGGUCUGCCUAAGGUGGCAACAUCAUUGGAAAUGCUUGGUUAUUGGGCAAUCCUUCUUGGCCAUAUUCCUGUGAGGUAUUUCAAGUGAAAAGAUGUUGUCUCUCGCGGUGAUUCUCCUUUCACACUGUAUGUCAACAGUUGUUUAUACCAGCACAGUCUGCCCCAACUGUGACAACAACGGGACCUGUGUCGACUCCCGGUUCUAUGGAACACACUGCGAUUUAGAGUGUCCAGACACCUGUCUCAACUCUCGCUGUCAGAUGAACAACACCCGUGUUGUGUGUACAGAGGGAUGUGUGGCUGGUAGAAGGGGAGGCGACUGCGGAUUGAACUGCCCAACAGCCUGUAAACAGUGUGAACGUUAUGGUGAUAGUUGUACAGGGUUGUGUCGCAAUGCCCGGUAUUACGGUCCAAAUUGUAGCAAACUAUGUCCCUCUCACUGUAAUUUAAAGGAUGGAUGUACAACAAUCAAAGGAUACUGUAAUGGUUGUGAAGCUGGGUAUAGAGGUAGAUAUUGCAAUCAUUCCUGCCCUGAUAACUGUGAACGUUGCGAUCAGUAUGGCGAAGGCUGCCUGAAAUGUACUGAACGGUACUGUCUGGGAUUGUGUGACGAGAAUAUGACUAAUUGUGAUAGUACUUCGUGUAAAAAGACAUGUCUCCCGAACUGCAGAAGCUUCGACAUCGGUAGGUCUCAGUGUACCGGUCCAUGCAUAAAUCAGAACUAUCAUGGAGCCAUGUGCAGCAUCUCGUGCCCACCCAAGUGUGACACGUGUCACAAACAAACAGGGAAGUGCAUGCAAUGCGUUCCAAGGAUGUGGGGUAGGUCUUGUAAUGAAUCAUGCAAUCAAAACUGUAAGGUAUGUGAUCGAUAUUCGGGGCAAUGCAUCGGUCUUUGCUCAAAUUCUAAUUUUCAUGGAGACUAUUGUGCCACCCCUUGCCCCGUCAACUGCCAUGGUUGUCACAGAGAGACAGGGCUGUGUAUCGAGUGUGCCACCAACUUCAGCCGGAAGUACUGCGAUGAGAUAUGUUCGCCCUGCGCAGGACAGACAUGCAACACGUCACCUUGUCAAAAGCGGAACGCUGACCACACUUUGGUGAUUGUCAUGGGAACAAUAGCUGGAGCCUCCACAUUACUGCUACUGGUACUGGGCUUCUGGGCACACAAGAGAAACCGACUGAUGUGUGUCUCCUCAUCAAACACCGGAGGUGGAAGAUGGGACAGCAAUGGCUCCAGACAAUCACGCAACAGUGACUACCAGUCGCACAAGUAUUCGGAAAUAUACGACAAGGACUUGGACACUGAUUCUUGUCUACCUGGACCUUCUCCACCUAGGCUGUCUGUACAACCCCCUCUUCCUCCAUUACAUCCUAAACACGACCCAAGACAAGAGUCACCCAAACCACGGUCCUGGUCACUUGGACAAGGGACGUCACGUGACUUCCGGUCAUCAUUUGUGUCUGCGCAUAAGGAUUCUCACAUGACAAGCGGAAAUGAACCUUCUUUGGUUACGUCAGAGAUGUCAGGUGUUUCCAACAUUGCAUCCUCACCAAUAAAAGACCUUGCCAGAUCACCAUCAAUGCCAGUAUUGAUGACUACUGAUGUUGCAUCAGGUUCCACUCAUCAGUAUAUACCACAUUCCUGUGAUAUACACGACAGACCAGUAUCUUCAAGCACCCUGGGGCUCCCUACAAAGACCAGUUCAAUCCUAUUCAUAGAGCAAAACAAUGACUUGUCAAAUAUCACUGUCAAAUACAUUACUCCAGAUGAAACUGUCCAGGGAAAAUGAGCAUGAUACAUCGGCUUUCUUGAUUUGUAUAUAUCCGCUUGAGAUUAACCUCUUUUAAUGUAUAUGUUCCUUGUUUUUAUGCGUUCCUGAAUCGAAUAAAAAAUUGCUUACGAAA